AUGGAACUACCGAACUUUGAGACGUGUGAUGUUUGUGGCGAGAAACUGAGCGCAUUUAAAAUGGACGCGGUGGAUCCGCCAACAUUUCUGCUUCCGUGUCUUCACGCAUUUUGCGCGGCGUGCAUUGCAAGAUGUGAGAAAGCAUCGGAGAAUGUGAGCACGAUGAUCUGCGUAAUUUGCCGCGCCGAAUUUGCUCGGUUGCAGGCUCUGGUUGUUCCACGCUUUGAUGCCCUUUCUUACAAGUGA